AUGGUUGAAGCAACAUUUAGUUAUCAAUUUGACUCGUCGUCAAACCCUUCUUCACCCUCCAUGUCGGCUGUCAGCGUGACAACAUCGUCUAUUGCAACAGUACUAGCCAAUUCGAACCGUUUACUCGCCCUCAAAUGGUCUGUCAGAAUCAUCGGUGGUCUUCUAAUUGUCAUCGGUGGCAUCGGAAAUACGCUAUCUGCGUUGACACUUAGUAGAAAAAAGCUACGAGCUCAAGUUACAUCGAUAUACCUCAUCGCCUUAGCAUUAUCUGAUCUAGGUAAUGUGUUCUUCAGUGUAUUGAAUUUCUAUCUCGUCCGUCUUGAUCCUCAACAGAAUAUGCGUGUUCACAGCAAUCUUGCUUGCAAAUUGCACAUCUUUUUUACAUAUUAUUUUAUUAAUCUCUCUCCAACGUUGCUCGUUGCUGUCAGUGUUCAACGUUAUCUUGCUGUUGCCAAACAUCACUAUUCCAAACGACAUUGUACUGUUAAAAAUGCCUAUAUAAUCAUCGGAUUGAUUUGUUUCUUCUCCAUUUUUAUCCAGUUGCAUUGGGCUAUUUUCUACGAACUUCAAUUGAUACCGGUGAAAGAAAUAUCAACAGGAAUGAAUCGAACUAUCAUCUAUCGACGGGUGUGUAACAUCACAUCCGAUUAUCCACAGUAUAUGUGGUUUCGUUCGCAUAUGAUUGGCUACAUUCAAUGGUUUUUCUUUACUCUUUGUCCGUUCGUCGUCAUGUUAAUUCUCAAUUCCUUGAUUUUGAAAGUCAUCGCAUCAGCACGACGUAUUCAAGAGCGAAUUAAUCAGAAAAAUCAACGGAAAAAAGCGAAACAACGCAAUAUGACCAUUAUGCUUUUAUCAGUUUCGUGUGUCUUCAUCCUUCUGACAGCACCCGCAUCGACAUUCAUGGGCUUCGGACAUUUAUUUAAAAACUUGCAUGGUCCAAAUUCACAGUCGUUAUGGACGAUGUUCUCUUUGAUCUAUUAUGCGAACACAGCUGCCAAUUUUUUACUUUAUUUUCUGACUGCCAACGUUUUUCGACAAGAACUUCGCGUAAUGAUCCUAUCUCUUCCAGGUUGUUCGAAGGUCGUCCCUCCAUCUGCUCGUCUGAGUACACCUAAUGCGGCAAAUCUGACAACAGUCGGUGAGGGCGUUCUGCCAACAACUACAACACCGAUAUUACGAAAAAGUCAAUUGACAACUUUUGCUUCGCUUAACUCAACAAUAUGUCGCAGUCAGGACACAAUAUCGGAUCCGUAUCAAAAGCGCAAUGGCACUGAAUUGUUACUAAGAAAUUCGAUCAGUCAAAAUCAUAAUCAGACGUUGAUUCAUAACAAUAUCGAUCAUGAUGUAGACGAUCUUGAUUCGCCAUUAUGA